AUGGUCAGCGCCCGAGCUUUUCUCCUCGCGGCCACCUGCUGCUGCGCCUACCUGUGGCUCGCCCGUGCGGAGGACUCCUCCCUGGAGACGCGCUCCUUGGAUUUCCCGCUGAAGACCCAACAGGAGAAAGACCUGAUCGACGCUUUGCAAGAAGUUUUGGAGAAGCUGAGGAGCAAAGAGAUGCCCUUAGAGAAAAAGCUCGGCUGGCUGCCUUCGUGUGACGCAGGGGAGCCGUGCGCCGUGCGUAAAGGCGCGCGGAUUGGCACGCUGUGCAGCUGUCCGCGAGGGACCUCCUGUAACUUCUACGUUCUCAAAUGUUUGUGA